AUGGCAAUUGAGCAAGUCCUUCACAUGAAUGGAGGUGAUGGAGAUGCAAGCUACGCCAACAACUCCUCAUUUCAGAGAAACGUGAUGCUGACCACAAAACAUAUACUUGAAGAUAGCAUAAUAAGGCUGUAUUGUGCAACAUUUCCAAGCUGUUUGAAAGUGGCAGAUUUGGGUUGCUCAUCAGGUCCAAACGCGCUUAUGGUGGCAUCUAACAUCAUCAACACUGUUGAUGCAGUGAGCCAAAACCUGAACCUUGAGCAACCAGUGUUUCAAUUCUUCCUCAAUGACCUCUUUGGAAAUGAUUUCAACACCACCUUCAAGUCACUACCUGAUUUUUAUAAGAGAUUGCAACAAGAGAAGGGUCACAAGUUUGGUCCAUGUUUCUUUAGUGGAACUCCUGGGUCAUUUUAUGGGAGACUCUUUCCCAAUGAUUCUGUUCAUUUCUUUCAUUCCUCCUAUAGUCUGCAUUGGCUUUCUAAGACUCCGGAUGAAUUGACUGUUGUUGCAGAACCAUUGAAUAAAGGGGCCAUCUACCUAACAAAGACAAGUCCUCCAGCAGUGCACAAAGCAUAUUUUGCACAGUUUCGAGAAGACUUCAAGUUAUUUCUGGGAUCACGUUCAUGUGAACUGCUUCCUGGUGGUGCAAUGGUCAUAACACUUAUUGGUAGAGAUGAAAAUAAUGAACUCAUAAAUGCUUGGGUGGUAAUUGGUAUGGUUCUCAAUGACAUGGCCUCAGAGAAUUUGAUUGAGAAGGCAAAAUUGGACGCUUUUAACAUACCGUCAUACUGUCCUACUGCUGAGGAGAUACGACAAGUAAUUGAGGAAGAAGGGUCUUUUGAUAUUCAAAGGUUGGAGACAAUAAGAACGGAUUGGAUCAAAAACAUCAACGUGAGCGAUGAUAUUGAUGAAGACACAAGAGCUGAGGCAGUGGCAAAGUACAUAAGAGCUGUUGCAGAGUCAAUUCUGAAGUCAGAGUUUGGUGAAGCAAUCAUGGAUGAAUUGUUCCGCAGGUUCAAAAACAAGAUUGUCAAACUUCAUGGGGUAGAGAAAUUGGAGCUUGCUAAUCUAGUUAUGCACAUCACAAAAAGCACUUGA